CUGGAGACUGCGAGUGUGUGAACUCUGAAUAGGGCUUUGUUUAAGGUAUUUGACCAAUAUCCCUGGGUUCAUUCAAGGAAUCCAGUUGUUGUCGUUAUAAUGUGAAUUUCGGUCCCAUUAUUGGAGCUGGUAGGUGGUGCGGGUUAAAUGAGAGAAACGAGGUUAAAUAAAAUAAACAAGGGAGGAAAAAAAAAAAAAAAACGUUCCAGGUUGACCGGUGGAUAUAGUCAUUCACCGAUAUAUAGAAAGAGAGAGAGAGAGAGGAUAUUAAUUAUUAGAGCAGAACAGAAACCCUAGGAAUCAAAACUUUAUCCAUCACCAAAGGUUUCCUUCCCUUGCUUUGCUUUCGGAUUGUGAGGGUAAAUGCCCCUAAGAUUUUCCUUCUUUAUCAAUAGAUUGGAUUGUGUCGUAGCAUAGCGUAGCGUAACUAGGUUUGAUUACCAUGCCGGUUGAUUUGGACAAUGCUUCCACAGCUUCGGGAGAAGCAAGCGUUUCUUCCUCUGGCAAUCACACAGCACCACCAAAACCCACCAUUAAGAAAAAACGAAACCUUCCAGGAAUGCCAGAUCCGGAAGCAGAGGUGAUUGCUCUGUCUCCGAAGACCCUUUUAGCGACGAACCGGUUCGUGUGCGAGAUAUGCAACAAAGGGUUUCAAAGGGACCAGAAUCUGCAACUUCAUCGCAGGGGUCACAACUUGCCGUGGAAGCUGAGGCAAAGGUCGAGCAAGGAGGUGAAGAAGAGGGUGUACGUGUGUCCUGAACCAACGUGCGUUCACCACGAUCCUUCUAGAGCCUUGGGAGACCUCACGGGGAUCAAAAAGCACUUCUGCAGAAAGCACGGCGAGAAGAAGUGGAAGUGCGACAAGUGCUCCAAGAAAUACGCCGUUCAAUCCGAUUGGAAGGCUCACUCCAAGGUUUGCGGGACCAGAGAGUAUAAAUGCGAUUGUGGAACUGUUUUUUCCAGGAGGGACAGCUUCAUCACGCAUAGAGCUUUUUGCGAUGCGUUGGCAGAGGAGAGUGCGAGAUCUCAUACCGUUGUGAAGGCUAAUUCUGAGUCUGAUUCUAAGGUUUUAACUGGCGAUUCAUCGCCGCCACCCCCACCGCCACCAGCGGCUGUGACUGCGUCGGAGGCGAUUGCUACUAGUACUACUGCUGCCACCGCCAUCACCGCCGUCACCUCCACUAACACUACUCAGUCAAAUAGUGUCAUGUCUUUGCAGACACAAAAGUUAGAGUUGCAAGAGAAUCCCCCACAGGUCAUAGAGGAACCGCCAGCUACUACUCCAUUAAAUGGGAGCUGUGUCAGCAACAGCACCACCGGCUCAACAAGCAAUGGUGGUGCUAUUACUAGCAGUAGUAGUGUGUUUGCAAGUUUGUUUGCUUCCUCAACAGCAUCUGGGAAUCUACAUUCUCAAACUCCAGCAUUCAGUGACCUCAUUAGAGCCAUGGGUCGUCCAGAUCACCCUGCAGAUAUCUCAGUUCCUUCAUCAUCUGAGGCCAUAUCUCUCUGCCUAUCCACCAACAAUGGCUCAUCAUUUUUUGGAACAGGAGGGCAGGAGUGCCGCCAGUAUGCCCCGCCGCCACAGCCAGCUUUGUCAGCCACCGCAUUGCUGCAGAAAGCUGCUCAAAUGGGAUCUGCUGCCACAAACGCUUCUUUACUUCGUGGGUUUGGCAUUGUGUCGUCAUCUUCUGCUUCAGCCUCAUCAGGCCAGCAAGAUAGCUUGCAAUGGGGUCAGCAGCUAGUGGAACCGGAGAGUGCCUCAGUUACUGCAGGACUUGGACUUGGCCUUCCAUGUGAUGGUGUUUCUGGACUAAAGGAAUUGAUGAUGGGAACUCCUUCGAUGUUUGGUCCUAAACAUACCACUCUUGAUUUUCUAGGAUUGGGGAUGGCUGCUGGCGGCACCGCUGGUGGAGGCUUAUCUGCACUCAUCACAUCGAUUGGUGGUGGUUUGGAUGUUACUGCAGCAGCAUCCUUUGGUAAUGGAGAGUUCUCUGGAAAAGAUAUGGGAAGUAGCUCUUGAUGUUUUGGUUGCAAGAACUACGCUCAUUAUGGUCAUAAGUUCUGACUGUAGAGUUAAAUGUUGUCUUUCUACAAUCUAAAGUUGCAACGCAUAGCACAGGACUAUUAGUGUGAUACAAUAUGCACAUAUUGGAGCGAUGCAAUAUGCAAUGCGCAAAUGGGGAAUGUUUUUGGAUUGUCUUGUCCCCUUUAAUGCGAGGAAAAAGACUAUAUUUACUGUAUUAGAAAAAACAAUGGUGGCAUGGCAUUCCUUCCAAUUACUGGCACAAGUUACAAUAUGCUUGCUAUGGACGACCGGUAGUGGUGAAGCGAGGGUGUGUGCGCAAGGGGUUUGAUAUGAUGCCUGUGUAUGGUUGUCGUAGGUUUUGGCGACAGUGACACGUUUGAAGAUAACGUCUUGUUUUGGCUUCAUGGGCAUCCACAGUUUUGAUCAAAUUAUGAAUUCCGCGUUGGAUGAUUUGGUCCUUAGCUGUAGGCGUAAAUCAGGAAACUUUGAUGUAGUUUUCUUCAACUUAAGGUAACUAGGUGGAUUUCCACGUAUGCCCGUUGUUUUGGUAAGCUAAUGGAUGAUUGAAUGCUAGUUAGUAAGUAAUUAAUGUUUUUGUGUAAAUGUCAUAAAGAAUUGUAUUCCUUGGAUGUUAAAGAUUUCCCCUUCUAAGCAGCUUUAUUUAAUUGCCAAGUAGCAUUGACAGUAUCUUAGUUUUAUACGACCAGUAAUUAAUAUAUACACUAUUUUUAUUAGAGAUUUUGGUGAGGUUUAUUAAUGUUGAUUAAAAAAAAUCAUUAAAUGUAC